CCACGGACUUUAUUUUAUGCAUUUAAAGACAUGAUUCUGAGCGGGGGUCCUGGGCUUCCCUAGACUGCCAAAGGGAAGCCCCCAAAAGGUGAGAAAUCCCUGCGGUAAGGAAACCCAGGGUCCUAAAUCUAAGAUCCUAUGCACCUCCCACCCAUUCUCCCAGCGCCCCCUAACGUAAAUUUCGCCCUAUCACAACGGGGGCCAUUGAAGCAGGGAUUCAGUUCCUGCACCUUUAAUAAACUGGACGGAGAGGGAGGUGCUUAGAGGGAGAUUCGCUCUGCUGACAUCAUAAAGUUCGCCACGUGGUUUAAUCGGGAUGCUAAUUUAGCGACGCUCCCUCCACGCCGCUCCGUAAACCUACGUAUCUGAAGACCGUUAGACGGGAUUUUGGCGACCCGCCCUAACGCAGGGUAGGAACGCUGUGACGUCUCCAGGUACACAUUCAAGAUGGCGGCGGCGGCAGCUGAGGGGACGGCGGCGGCGGGGACUGCCGCGGUCCGGGCCCUGGACCCCGCCUCGUCCCCUGGCUCCGGAGAUUGUCCAGCGGUGGCGGCCCCGGGGACCCUGAGCCUUACGGACCUGCCCGGAGAGCUGCUGGAGCUGAUCCUUUGCUGCCGCUCGCUGGGCGCCGCCGACCUGGGCCACGUCGCCUGCACCUGCCGGCGGCUACGCGAGCUUUGCCAGGGCGGUGGCAACGUGUGGCGACGGCAGUUCCGAGAGAGGUGGCCGUCCCUCCUCAAGUACUACAGCCACACUGAGGGUGUGAAUUGGCUGGAAGAGUACAAAGCCCGGCAGGGCGCGGGUUUGGAAGCCCGAAGGAUUGUCGCUUCAUUCUCUAAACGGUUCUUCUCAGAGCACGUCCCUUGUAAUGGCUUCAGUGACAUUGAGGACCUUGGGUGCCCAGGACACUUUUUUGAGGAUGAACUGAUGUCCAUCCUUAAUAUGGAAGGAAGGAAAGCUUUGACCUGGAAAUACUAUGCCAAGAAAAUCCUUUAUUUCCUACGACAACAAAAGAUCUUGAAGAAUCUGAAGGCAUUUCUUCAACGGCCAGAGGACCAUGAAUCAUUUCUAGAAGGUGCUGUGUUAAUUGACCAGUAUUGCAAUCCUCUGGCUGAUAUCUGCCUGAAAGAUAUACAGGCUCAAGUUGAAAGUAUUACGGACCAAGUUCGCAAAGUCCUCCGUGGGAAAAACUGUCGCCACCCCAGCUUGGCCUUCAAGGCAGGUGGGGCCAUGAUCACCGAAGGGGAGCUCCAGAGCCAGGUCCUGGAAGCCAUCAACUACGUCCUUUAUGAUCAGCUAAAAUACAGAGGGAACCGGAUGGAUUACUACAAUGCCCUGAACCUGUACAUCCACCAGGUUUUGGCCCGAAGAACAGGAAUUCCAAUUAGUCUCUCUGUCCUCUAUUUAACAAUUGCCAGACAGCUAGGAGUCCGACUAGAGCCGGUUAACUUCCCUAGUCACUUUUUGCUGAGAUGGUGUCAAGGCAUAGAAGGGAGCCAAGACAUCUUCGACUACAUCUACAUCGACGCCUUUGGGAGAGGCAAGCAGCUGACGGUGAAGGAGUGCGAGUAUCUGAUCGGCCACCACGUGACGGAGGAAUUCUACGGCGUCGUGAGCUCCAAGAAGGUUCUGCAGCGAAUGGUGGGAAACCUCCUGAGCCUGGGAAAGCGGGAAAGCACGGAUCAGUCUUACCAGCUCUUAAGAGACUCCUUGGAUCUAUAUCUGGCCAUGUAUCCAGACCAUGUACAGCACCUCCUGCUCCAGGCCAGGCUCUACUUCCAUUUGGGAAUUUGGCCAGAAAAGGUCUUGGACAUCCUGCAGCACAUCCAGACCCUGGACCCCUCCCAGCACGGGGCAGUGGGCUACUUGGUGCAGCACACCUUGGAGCACAUCGAGCGCAAGAAGGAGGAGAUUGGGCUGGAGGUGAAGCAUCGCUCCGAGGAGAAGCACCGUGACGUCUGCUACUCCAUCGGGCUCAUCAUGAAGCACAAGAGGUACGGUUAUAACUGUGUGAUCUACGGCUGGGACCCAACAUGCAUGAUGGGGCAUGAGUGGAUCCGAAACAUGAACGUCCACAGCCUCCCUCACGGGCACCAUCAGCCGUUCUACAACGUCCUGGUGGAAGACGGCUCUUGUAGGUACGCGGCCCAAGAAAACCUGGAAUAUAAUAUGGAGCCUCAAGAGAUCUCUCACCCCGACGUGGGUCGCUAUUUUUCAGAGUUUACUGGAACUCAUUACGUAGCAAACACCGAGCUAGAAGUCCGGUACCCGGAGGAUUCGGAGUCUGUGUGUGAGACAGUGCAGAAUAUUUACAGUGCCAAGAAGGAGGACAAAGAGUGAGCCGGGACGAGACGUGAGAGCAUCUGCGCCGCCGCCGCUCCCCCGGAGACGAGGCCUCUGGAAGCCGCUUGUCCCCCCGGGCCUCGGGCUCCGCAUCCAGGCAGCCAUCCGGCCUCCUCCUCAGUCACAGCCAUACAAUGCGAGCUGGUGCCCGCUCAGGAGAGUCACCCUCCUCCUGCAGGGAGACCCUUCGGAAGGCGACACGGCGGGACGGUGCCCCGGCUUGUCCUGAGGAGACUCCGGUUUUGUAGGAAUUACCGAGCUCGAGAUCCUGGGGUCGGCGCUUGUAUCUAGCCUCAGCCAUUUUUAAAUCUUGUGCGUAACGUAGUGUGUGUCCAUGAAGAUUUAAUUUUACGAACAAGAAGGGGUUUAAGUGUUGAUAAUAAUUUUCUCAAUCAAAUUUCCCUUGGAAUUGGUGCCAUCGUAAAUCGAACUUGUCUUAUUUAUCGAUGAGUUUAAUUAAACAUGCGGAAGUUAACGUGUCAGUGAUCCCAGGAGCGUGGGCCGAACGUGCCUGGCCUCUCUUUGCAGAGACCCUGCCUCCUUUCUGGGAGCCUCCCCACACCCGGCUCCAGGAGCCCGUCGUGCGCUCGUGACUUCUGUGAGAUUUCCUCAGGCUGCCGUGGGGAGGCCCCGAGCAUUUACGCAGCUUUGCGGAUGUUCAGCAGAUCCCUCGCGCUUCUCUAAAGCCCGGUCAGCUCCUCCUCCUCGGCCCGUGCGCUCUCGGAAAGGAAGGCUGGGCGGCCCGGGCUCCCGCCGCUCCUCCCCAGCGCCCCUCUGCGGGUUUGCAUGCUCUGUUUUCUCAAGUGUGGAUGAAUGUUUUGUGUUUAUCAGUAAGCCUGGUGACCACAGCAGCCCGGGGGAAGCCACCAGGGGCCACCCACUGGGAAACGAAGGCCAAAAUAGCAUUCAACCACCUCGUGGAGACGCGGCCACACAGCUCCCACCGGCUGAAAGACAGGAGCUCUGGGCCUCUCCCUCUCCCGCUUCUGUCCACACUCGAGGCAGGUCCCUCGGCCUCGGGUUUGAAAGCGUGGAAGUCGGUGAUCUUCCAGGAAGACCCUUCCUUUGGAGAGCCCGUCCUCCUUCGGAGCUGAAAUCUGGAAGAGGGAAAGGAUCAGAAAAUGGUUGGCUUGGACUUUGCUGAAACGAUUGUAAAUAUGUAUUCAGACUGUUCUUAAACGUGCUCUUCAAGUGACCCUUCAUUUGGUUCCAGGAAGCGGGUACCAGUUCUUAAUGUAAGUUGUCAUUGGGGCACUUUAUAUUUUUCUAAAAGCCUUUUUGGCCCCCCUGUGCCAAUACAUCGUCAGUUCCUCUUUGAAAAUUGCCAAAACUUUUAUCCACCUGAAACACGAAUCUGUAAGGAGAACCUUCUUAGUGUUAAAAGUGUAAAACGUUUGGGCGUGUUAUCGCCCUUCUCCCAAGCGAAUGCCAACCUUUGACUUUUAGAUAUGAUUAAGAAAUGAUUCAUUUCAUCCCGACUCCCACCCAAGGUGACCUGCCAGAUGUCCCGAGCCCGCCACCUAGAAGGGACGGGAGAGAAAGGUCUCGCCUCUUCUGGCCCAAAAAAUGGCGCCCCCCCCCCCCAAAUUUUGUUAGCCUCUGCUAAGCUUUGUAUGACACUAGAGUGGUCCUGGGAUAACUGCAUGUCUGAUGUCAGCGGAGGAUUCCUUUUUAUAAGGCUGUGACUAAUCAUUCAGAAUAAAUGUUUUAACGCAGUAAGUUAGAGCUUUUUAAUUAUCACAUCGGGUGGGUGGAUGCCAUGAAACGAGAGGUGGAAAGAAUGGUGGAAGCCCAGACUUGGGGCGCACUUGGCAUCUUGGGCUCCCCACAAUACGAUCCGGAUGGGAGCAAGUUCAUCUGGAUCGUGUCAGCGUGUAAGUCGUACUUCCCUUUGCCCCGUGUCCCCGGGCCGUGGGAUUGGCUCUUUCUAUCCAGGCCUCUAAGAUAAAGGCCUUUAUUCGGGACAAUCACCGUCACGUUCUACCAUGUCUGCAUCAGUAGAAGUGUGUUUGCAGGCACGGGGGCUCCCGAUUCUGGAUUGUCUCACUUUUGCAGUAUUCAAUAAAAUUGUC